GAACAUUUUCAACUAGGGCUCCGGCUACCCUACCUUUGCCGCCGCCGCGGCGCCGGAACCGAUUCCUCAUUCUACGUCCCGGAGGUUGUGUGAACUACAGACUAUGCAAUGGAGAAAGGGCUAGAUGCACAAACAUCCAGUGGCACGAAAUGGAUGGGAAAGAAGAGGAAAAUGGUUAUUGAACGAAUUGCCACAUGGUUUUCUGAAGCUGGGAUUCCUUUUAAUACAGUGUGCUUAGAGAGUUUCGAUUUAAUGCUAGAUGCAAUUGCACAGUUUGACCCUGGUUUGCGGGGACCCUCUCUUUAUGAGCUUGAUGGGCCAUUAUCACGUAGACAAGUUUUGGCUGUUAAUGAUUCAAUUGAAGAAUUGAAGGAAUCAUGGGCGUAGGAGGGAUGCUCUAUUAUGGUUCAUAGAGAGUGUGAUGCUAGUGGGAGGCCCAUGUUGAACUUGGCAGUCCAUUGUUCACAAGGUGUGUCUUUCCUCCGUUCCAUCCUCCUACCAUCAGACGGCAAGAGUGAAGCAUAUGUUUUUCAACUAGUUGACUCUUGUAUUGAAGAAGUCGGUGAGAAAAACGUGGUGCAUGUUGUGACAAACAUUAAUUCACAACAGCGGGAGGCAAAGAUGCUUACUGCAAAGAGCCCAACAUAUUUUGGACUAAGUGUGCUGCAUCAUGUGUUGACUUGAUUCUUGAAGACAUUGGACAAAUUCCUUUGAUCAAGAAUACAAUUACGAAGGCGAAGUCACUCACUGCUUUCAUUUAUGGCCAAACACGUUUGUUAGACAUGACCCGUCAGUACACCGGCCAACAUGAUUUAGUUCCUGUUGGGAUCACUUAUUACACUACUUGCGGCUUGAACUUGAGAAGCCUUUAUGAUAAGAGGAUUGAGUUGAAGACUAUGUUUGUUUCUAAAGAAUGGGAGGACAGUAAGUUGUCGAAGGGAGCUGCGGGCAAGAAGUUCUAUAAUCUAGUAGUGAGCAAUGAGUUCUGAGAUAGGGUGCUUUAUGCUAUAAACUGUUUUGAACCACUCGUGGAUGUUCUGAGGAGGAUGGGUAGUGGCAUACCUUCUAUGGGAUACAUAUAUGGUGACCUUACAAAUGCUAAGAAGGAAAUUUUCUUGCGCUGUGAAAACAAGGAGGAGCAGUAUUUGCCAAUUUGGGAGCAUAUAGAUUUUAGAUCAGAUCUUGACCAAUUGACACCAUUGCACCUGGCUGGUUACUAUCUGAAUCCUUUCUUCUACUACCAAAACAAAGAUGAAAUUGACAAGUCAGAAAUCUUCAUAGAUGCACUAGAUAAGUGUAUACGUAACAUUUACCAAGAUCCAACUACACGAGUUACAAUUGUCACUCAAUUGAAGCUUUACAGGGCUGCUUCACAGGAUUUUUUGUCAGUUUAUGCAAAUAAUCCUAAAAUAAAUAUUGAUCCCGUUUCUUGGUGGGAGUUAUUUGGCGGUGAAUCAGAGUUGAGCACAAUGGCAGAGAGAAUAUUGAAGUUAACAUGUGGCUCAUUGGCCUAUGAGCAAAGUUGGAUCGAAGUGAUCCAUAAAAAGAAGCCGUCUUGGGUUAAGAGAAAGCAGUUGGAGGAUUCAAUAUUUGUGACAGUCAACAGAAGGAUACAAGCCAAAGCUCAACUGGCAGAGAGAGAUCCUGUACUUGCAUAUCUUCCCAACGAAGAUGAACCUUUUGAAUGGCUGGUGGGCAUGUUCCGCAACGAUGCGCAACGAGCUGAAAAUCAUGCUUUACUUAUGGCACGAGCCAACAGCAAUGAUGAGGUAGGACUUCGGACGCAAGCAAUUAAACCAUUGGAGUAUGAAGAGUUCAUGUCAUCCGAGGAAGAGCGCGAGGAAAGCAAUGGCGAACAACCAUUGAACGAAAAGAAUGCGUCAUCCAGAGCUUCAUGCUCAAAGCGUGCCAAGAGGCCACGGCUCGGCAAAGCUGUCUGUAACAUCGUAAAAUUUACCAACUAAAAUCACUCACUA